GCACAGAGCGACGGGGAUCGCUACGAGCCAGAGUCCUCUCGCCCAUUUCUGUUUGUUUUUUUUGGCAGGUCGAUAUUGUAUCUACGUCGGUGUGAAUUGUUCGUCCGACGGGACAGAUAUUUUGGUGUCGCUUUGGUGAGGGUUGCGCUGAACUGGAGAAGGUGUUUUUUGGAGGUGGGGGUUAAAUGUCUGAAGUCUCUUGGAUGAACGCGGGACCACCUGCCUAUGAACGGCGCCUCCAUGGAUCAGACGCGUAACAGAGUGGAUUUAUCUGGGGAACCGAAAUUCUAAUCUAACCACAGCAUUAAAACUAUCCAACAGCACUGUAAUUAUCCACGGGCAGAAAACGCGAUGAUACUCAUAACUUUCUACAUAAUGCUGCCUGUGUUGGAUGUGCUGUUGUCUGCAGAGGAGAGCGCGAUGUAUCGCUCUGGCAGGCUGGAUUGCGUGAAAGCGAGCGAACAGUGUCUGAAAGAGAUGGGCUGCAGCACCAAGUACCGGACCAUGAGGCAGUGCGUGGCGGGCAAAGAGACCAACUUCAGCAUGGUGGCCGGACCCGAGGCGCAGGACGAGUGCCGGAGCGCCAUGGACGCUAUCAAGCAGAGCCCGCUCUACAACUGCCGGUGCAAACGCGGCAUGAAGAAGGAGAAGAACUGUCUGCGCAUCUACUGGAGUAUUUACCAGACUUUACAGGGAAAUGACCUGCAGGAAGAAUCUCCCUAUGAACGAAUGAACAGUCGUCUGUCUGACGUUUUCCGCUCAGCUCCGAUUAUUUCAGGCGAGCCGAUGGUGGCCAAGGAGAACAACUGCCUGAACGCCGCCAAAGCCUGCAACCUGAAUGACACCUGUAAGAAGUACCGCUCAGCCUACAUCACGCCCUGCACCAGCCGCGUCUCCACCGCCGAGGUCUGCAACAAGCGCAAGUGCCACAAGGCCCUGCGGCAGUUCUUCGACAAGGUCCCACCCAAACAUGCCUACGGCAUGCUCUUCUGCUCCUGCCCGCCCUCCGACCAAUCAGCAUGCACCGAGCGCCGCCGCCAGACCAUCGUCCCUGCCUGCUCCUACGAGGACAGGGAGAAGCCCCAUUGCCUGUCCCUGCAGGCGGCCUGCAAGACCAACUACAUCUGCAGGUCUCGUCUGGCCGACUUCUUUGCCAACUGUCAGCCAGAAUCCCGCUCUCUGUCUGGCUGCCUGAAGGAGAACUAUGCCGACUGCCUGCUGUCCUACUCAGGCCUCAUUGGGACAGUGAUGACUCCUAACUACCUGCGUUCACCCUGGCUCAGUGUGUCUCCCUGGUGUGACUGCAGCAGCAGUGGAAACAGCAAAGAGGAGUGUGAGAGAGUCAGCCAGUUCUUCACCAACAACCGCUGUCUGCGAAAUGCCAUCCAGGCGUUUGGUAACGGCACAGAUGUGGGGGUGUGGCAGCCAAUGCCCCCACUCCUAAGCCCUGCCUCCACCACUGCCCCUUCCCCCAGGGCUCGGGACAGAUCCUCAAAUGCGCUGGACGGCUCCGCCAACACCAAUCACCUCAAUGCAGUGGACACCUCCGUGUACCACUUCUGCGGAAACCUGCAGGCUCAGAAGCUGAAGUCCAAUGUGACCAUGGAUUCUGUGUUGUGUGUGGACCCUCAGAUGGACGACCCAAGCUCCCCCCACGCUGUGUCACGAAGCGCGUGCACCCCUCCCCUCGCCCUCAGCCUCAGCGCGCUGUUGCUCACGCUCCUGACCGCCGUCGCCGUGGAGACAUUGUAGCCGCGGCGCCUUGGACUCGGACAGAAAGCGCACCUCUCUCCCCAUCUCCUGUUGCGUUGUUAUGUUUUUAUUUCAGUCAGAACUCAAAAGGCAGGAUUGGGCUGCGGGUCACUGGCUUUCACUGGAACUGAUGUGUGACUGAGAGACACUGCAGGAUUCAGAGCUAUGCUGGGGUUAUGGAGGGGACACACUGUGUUAUGGAGGCGAUCUUUUAGCAUUAUUACAGAGGGGAUCUUUAUGUAUUGUGACACACUGUGUUAUGGAAGGGAUCGUUAUAUAUUGUGACACAUUGUGUGUUAUGGAGGAGGUUGAUGUGUAUUGUGACACAUUAUGUGUUACGGAGGGGCUCUUUAUGUAUUGUGACACACUGUGUUA